CUAGAAUCCGUCAUUGUUCAAGGAGACCAGCAAAAGAUGGAUUUUGUUGUUGUUACACCACUUGAACGGAUGCUUUUUGUACAAUAAAGUAGUCACUUUGCAAAUUAAAAAGAAAUAUGUUAGACGAUAACGUUGUUUUCGAAAUACAGAAAUGGAAACCUUCUCAACAAUUCUCUUACGGUACUGCGGGGUUUCGAGCACACGCAAACUUACUACCGCCCGUUGUUUUCCGUUGUGGUAUUCUAGCUGCUGCUAGAGCAUUAUCGAUACCUUGUGUUUGUGUUGGCUUGAUGAUAACUGCUUCUCACAACCCUUCGGAAGAUAACGGAGUAAAGAUAAUUGAACCAGACGGUUCCAUGUUAAGUGAAAAAUGGGAGACUAUAGCCUCCAAAUUGGUCAACUUGGAUAACCCUAGACAGAUCUUGGAAGAGUUGUGUGUCGAAGAAGAUGUUGCUUUGAAGAACAAGUCCGUACGACCAACAGUUUACGUGGGUUACGAUAGUAGAGAAAGUUCAGAGCCGUUAUCGAGACUGGCUCAACAGGCAGUAAAGUUGAUGGGACUGAAAUAUAAAUGUUUUGGUAAAGUCACAACACCGCAGUUGCAUUAUUUUGUAAAAGUUGCCAACGAAGGUGUACAAGCCAACAAAGAAAACUAUUUCCAAAGAAUCGCAAUGGGAUGGGAUACAUUGUCGCAAUAUGCUUUUACAAAUACGUUGGAGAAUGAGAACAUCUUUCGAAUAGUAGAUUGUGCAAAUGGAGUGGGUAGUGAGGCUAUGCAAGGUUUGAUCGAAUAUACAAAGAUUAAAAAUGUCCUUUGUGUCAACACUGGUGAUGGCGAACUCAAUAAACACUGUGGAGCAGAUUUCAUUCAGAAGAACGUUAUCUUUCCAAUCAUUUCAGAUUCUUCCAAGAUAGAGUCUAUUCCUUCGAAUGCUUUGGUUCAUUUUUGUAGUCUCGAUGGCGAUGCCGAUCGUCUUAUAUAUUUUAUUGCGGAAAAAUCAGAAUCUGAUUCAUGGUGUAGUCUAACUGGUCAACGUGUUCGAGUUUUAGAAGGAGACAGACUUUCCGUUUUGGCAGCCUUGGUCAUCAAGAAGUUCUUGGAUGUUCUUCAUGGUGGUAAUUUAUCCGUCGGUGUGAUUCAAACUGCUUAUGCAAAUGGAGCUUCGACAGCAUUUUUGAAAGACCUCGGUGAACCAAUUCAAGUAGAAUGUGUUUCUACAGGUGUAAAACAUUUGGAAAGAGCCGCUCGAAGAUAUGAUAUAGGUAUUUUUUGGGAAGCUAAUGGACACGGGACGAUAUUAUUUUCAGAGAGUGCAAAAUCUUUCUUGAGAGAAAUCAUUGAAAGCACAGCAAAACAUACUAAAAAGGCGGCGUUGUGUUUGUUAGCGUUGUCUAGCAUCGCAAAUCAAGCAACGGGAGAUGCCAUAUCUAAUUUCAUCUUGGCAGAAGCUCUGUUGAAGGUUAUGGGUUGGCAAGACUUGACAAGCUGGGAAAGCCUUUAUCAAGACUUACCGAACAUUUAUAAAGCAUUACACGUGCAAAACAAGGAAAUAAUCCAAACAGUCGACCAAGAAAGAACAGUUAUCGCUCCUGAGUCUGUCAGCAGAGUGAUUAAAGAUUUAUCAGAGUCGCAGCCUUCCUAUCGUUUUCUUAUUAGACCAAGUGGCACUGAAAACGUUGUUCGUAUCUAUGGGGAAGGACCUUCAUUACAAACAUUGAUUCAUUUAAUGCAACAAAUUGAAAAUGUAGUGUUACAGGCUUGUGGAACUCCGAAAGCUUGAAUCCGUCAAUCGGUUUUCCUACCAACAAUUUUGCUUCCUUUUCAUAACAUAGCUGCUUUCCAUCUUCUUGUUUGUGAUUUUGAAACCUUUAAUAAGUACACAAAGAAUAAAACUACACCCAAACGAAUAAAAUCUUUCGACUCCUUCCUCAAUUAUGUUUAUUGUAUUCUUUUAUUUAAUGAAAAAGGCCAUGUAAGAAGAAAACUAUAAAUCGACUUUGUCCAAGUUUUUAAACAGACAAAGAUAUUUUCAGGCGUUAAAUAACUAAAGAGAAAGAAAGAUUAAAUUUAAUUGAAAUCUAUCAUGACUGGAAAAUAUUAAAAAGUGAUAAAUUCAAAUGAUUGGAGGAUAAUUUUGCUUUGGCCGUAUUUUCCUUAAAGAUUAAUUAUACUUGAAAAUUCAUGUUUUCAAGUAAGGCUUGAAAGUUUGUUUGUCUGGAAAAUUAAUUGAAGCUAUGUCAUGACGAUUAAAAUAUUAACAAAUCUCUUUUACUUUUUGCUGGAAACCUUAAAUCAUUGAAAUGAACAUGUUAUAAAAAAUUUGGUGCAGGAUGUAAUGGGACAUUGUAUUUUUAGUUUGAGACUUAUUAAUUGUACGUUGGAUUAAAGUUGCUGACAGUGUU